AUGGGAUCAAACACAGUCGUUGGUGCACUAUUUCAAGAGGGAACUUCUCAAGUUCGACCACCAUACUUCAAUGGACAACAUUUCUCUAAUUGGAAGCGAGUGAUCAAAAAGGAAAAUCUUCCAAUUCCCCCAAGGAAAGACGAAAAUGGUCAAGUUGUGGUAUCCACUGAUCCACUUGACUUCGAUGAUUACACUGAUGAGCAAGCUGUUGUCAUAACUAUAAAUGCCAAAGGAAAAAAUCUGUUGUACAAUGCUAUCAGUGGUAAAGAAUAUGAAAAGAUCUCAAUCUUUGAAACUGCUAAGGAGAAGUGGGAUAAAUUGGAAGUCACAUAUGAAGGGACAAACAAGGUAAAAGAAACAAGGAUAAAUCUAUUGGUUCGAGAGUAUGAGCUAUUUCAAAUGAAGGAUGGAGAAUCUGCUGAAGAAAUGUUCUCCAGGUUCAGCAAAAUUCUUGGAGAUCUGAAAUCCUUUGGUAGAACAAUAAAAAGUGGAGAACAAGUCAGAAAAAUUCUCCGAAGUCUACCUAUGAUUUGGCAGGCAAAGGUCAUCGCACUCGAAUUUUAG